GGGCGAAGGGUGAUGAUGUCCGAUCAUCUACCGGCUACGAUACGUCAAACGAGUUUUUGGUUAACGUUUCUGCGUUAAUUCGUCGCGUCACGCUAAUUAUUAUGAGACGGAAAUAAAGGAGCCGCGUGAUUGGCCGUGUUCGAUAAAUCGAAUUGACGGAUCGUUAUCCGCGAAUGUUUAUACGGGUGAACGUCAGUGUGCAGACAGAAAAUAGAGGGCCCUUUUGCCAGUCGCGGUUGUGCAACGUUCUCACGUGUGUUUUUCUGCGAUCGUAAAUUGAGUUGGACAUUCGUCUGUCAGCGGGACUGAGGUUCAAAUCGAGUGAGAAAUGAGAACUACAUCGUUGCUCGUUCUCGUCGCUUGUCUGCAGUGUCAUGUCACCGGUUCCCGUGCUGUUCCAGUAAGAACGACUGGACAAAUACUUCUGGGAGAAGUUGAUAUCGCAGCUGAAGAAGAUAACGCUGGCGAGAUAACUACAGAAGAGUCGUUUCCCAAAAAAUGCGUCGUCGAUGGAAACAGUUAUUCUCACAGCCAAACGAUACCAUCGUACGACUUGAACUCCCAUUGUCUCUGCGUAGUCGGUGAAGUAUAUUGUUGGUGGCAGAAUUACAAUCCGAGCACCGGUACUUCUGUCGACGUCUCGUUCCUCCCGUCGACGACGAUAGAAAGUAAUUACACGCCGUCGCUGGAGGGCAACACGAAUGCCGUCGACAGUUUGGAAGCUUCCGGUGAUCCGGUAGAGGAGCCAUCCGUCGAGCAGCAGGGAUACGCGGAGAUUAACGCGAGCUACUCGACUACAUCGCAAACUGCGCCGACCACGUGUCUCGUGAUGGGAAGAGAAUACCGGGAGGGCGAGGUGCUUCCUCACUCGACCGGAAAUUGCAUCGAGUGCAGCUGUGGAUCCGAGGGCCGUGUCGAGUGUUCGCCACGCGACUGUGUGGCCCUUCGACCUGAGAUACCAGUUUCACCGGAUAUACCCAACGCACCAGACGGCGAUUUUGAAGUGUUCAAUCUUGCCAGGGACCGGGGCAUCGACGAGAGCUUCUAAGGAAUCCGAUAAUAACGAUCGUCACCUGUUCG